AUGUUCUUUUUUGGCAAUGCACGGCCAAUUCUCUUCCUAUUCAGUGUCUGUUGUUGCUUCUUUAUCACCACUGUUACAGCACAAGCUUCCACAACUAAUCCUUUCAUAUGGCAAAUACUAGUUGAAUAUGAUUUAUCUCAAUCCAAUACAACAAAAAGGUAUCUGACCAAUACUUCAUCCAAAGUGUAUAGCCAAGAAUUUCAAACAAUUUUUGAAAAUAAGGAUCUGUUCGGUUAUAAUGAGCGCCUUGUGAUUGAUUUUGGUGAUGGCUGCUCAGGAACUACCAUAGAUGAGGUCGAACAAUUAAACAGUAACUGGGUCACGAGUCCUUCCAUGAUGUCACAACCUUCUAUAGCUCUUGUUCAAAGAGGAGGACGUUGUUCACCUUGGCAAGAAAAGAUUGCUACUGUACAGGGUUUAUCUGACACUUACAAGCUCCAAGUUUCUGGAAUUGUCAUUUACGACAAUAUCUUCUAUAACGACACACAAUGGAUACAGGAGGAUACAAACAAUGCUUCUUAUCCUGUGUGGUCAUCAUCAUCUUAUGCAUCGUCGCCGGACGGCAGCGGUACACUACCCGCAGAACGUAAUAUUCAUUCCAUGACUCAAGAAAACAGUAUCGACAAAGGAUCCACAUUUGUUGCGGUGUACUAUGUCCCCAAGGCCUACAUGAAUUAUCUCAAUCAAACAUUUUUGCAGCAAACGCAUCAUCUUCAGGGUGCUCGACAAUUAUACACACAGCUCACAUUUUUCCUUAGCGAAAAGCAAUUUAGCAGCAACGGCAACGAUAAUACAGAAGAUGCUGCGGGUUCAGCAUACUCAUCACCUUCUUCAUCUUCCUCUUCGUCACCCAGCAGCACAACCACAACAGAUAGUAUAUGGAAUGACGAGCGAGAAAAACGAAGUUAUGUCAUUUAUUCUGUGACAGGAAUUGCGACGGCCGUGCUUAUCUUUGUGAUUGCUCGUUGGUGUCGGGCGUUUGCUCGAAGCUCGGUGUCUGAUAUUGAAAUGGGACACUUCUAUGGAUAUCAGCAGAACUUAUUGUUGCAGGAUAUGCACGAUACAAAUGAGGUUAUUUUAUUCGAUCAAUUGAAAAAGAUAUGUCCUAUUAUCAAGUACACAGAGGCAAAACAAAAUUAUAAUCAGCUGAAUACAACAUGUGCUAUUUGUAUAGAUGAGUUUGAAGACGAUUCUUAUGUACGCGUUCUUCCUUGUCGACAUGGAUAUUGUACAGCCUGCAUAGAUGUAUGGCUUACGAAAAAAUCAAGUUUAUGCCCUAUUUGCAAGUAUGACUGCAAGAAAGCGCUUACAAAAGAAGAGGAAGAAGAAGAAAGAGGCACGAAUGACUGUAGAGUAAAUGAAGUACAUUCGAACGAUAGCGAAACUACAUUACAUGAUAACGAUACCCAUUUAGCAAGAAAUGUUCUGUCUGAGGAAGAAGGCAUUAAUGCCCAGCCAUUGGACAGAUCAGAGGCAUUGGCGCAGCCGUCUACGAAUGACUCCGUCGAAGGUUCAAAUCAGCAAAGAAAAGGAGGAGGCUCUUGA